AUGUCCACCACAGGCGCAUGUCAACACGGUUUCAUGCGCCACUCAGCUGACCUCGUAUGUAAUGAGAAUAAUCAAUGCCAUCUAGAAUAUAGCAGAGAACUUCUAUUCAACAGGCUCCAGUCGGAGCUAUGUAUUGAAAUCUUGCACGGUAACAGAACCGUUGGAUCAGCAAAAUUCACCAAGAAGUCCAUUGACUUUGAAUGCUCGAAAGCCACGGAGUUUUUCACAAGACCUACAAAACUAUCAGUUUACCACGCUAAACGCUGCGCCACAGCAGGCUCAUGUCAGAACAACAAGUGUGAAACAAUCAAGCAAAACGAAACAGUUCAGGAAUUGAGACAUGCUUCAAAAUAUCCUGGCUACUCCGGCUGUAUGAACAGUUGCGGAGGAAUCUUCUGCGGAUGUGGUCUGCCGCUUCCUAGUUGCUGGUUUUAUAAAAUUGCUCAUAGACCAAUAUCAGAUCGAAUAUUCGAAAUCGUACAGUGUCCUCACUGGACCACAACGGUCAAACUAGAAAUCGAAGUAACAAUAGCCAAUCGAACAGAAAAAGUUGAGCGAUCGUUUACGCCAUAUGUGGCUAAUAAUAUUGAUAACUUCAAUAUCACAGAUCAUAUCAAUUCAAAGGCCACUAUAUUCGUUAGAAAACAAGCGCUUCGCAAUUGCAAAGAUAAAUCAUAUCUCUUGCCACCUAAUUUCCAAGUUGCAGUCGCAUGUAACACACCUACUCAAGCACUGAGAGAGUUCUCUACCUGUUCCAAUAGAAUUCAGUGCAACUGUGGAAAUUCGCCACGUAACUGUCAGUGUCCGGACGAUUCGUUCCAAAAACUUUGUGACAACCCACAAAGCACGCUACCUCUAAAAACACCCCACGCAACUAUAAAUGUUCGCGAGGGGAACAUCGUUGCUACGUCCAACGAGGAGGAAAUGGUCCUACGAAUUGAGUCAAAGAUGCUACAAGAUGUGGUAGCAGAACUUAUUAUCAACCAAGAAUGUGGCUUCAAAAUAUCAAAGCUUACAGGAUGCUACGACUGCACACUAGGUGCUCACUUUACAGCCAUUUGCAAGUCACCAGCGAAAGCUACAGUAACGGUAACUUGCGAAUCUCAGCAAUUCUUGGUCACUUGUGGACCUUCAGAAGAAGAAAAUGAAAUCAUUCUUAAUUUCAACCAUCCUAUCGUGAACGAACAAUGCAAUGCCCAUUGCUCUGAUAGGCCUACUAAAUUCCUCUUUGAACGGUACUCUGCAUUACCAACUUAA